AUGAACUCUCUUCGCGAGAGCCGACGCCGCCGAAACAUGUUUGCAAUGUGUUUAACAACCUCCCUCGCCGACCAAGUUACAAAUGCGGUGGGCACCAUGACGUCAGCCAGCAGAAGCUCUCACAAUGAGUUCGCAGAGGGUAUCGUAUCAUCGGUAUCAGCUGCCAAACAUUCACGUCUACGGAAUAAGGUUCAAGAACGAAUCGAAGCUGAUCCUCCAACUGAGAAUGUCAUCCGAAGUGUUAUUCAAAGUCUUCCACCGCAAACCAUUGAGGGGAUGUUAGUGGGCGCAGCCGGCGGAGUCAUGGCUCUCCCGAAUGAAUUCAAAGAAUUAUACGCGGAUCUUGCCAACAAAUAUCCAUCUCCUUCACCUCUCGUGGGUACCCCCAGACCCAUGAGACUUCAACCACCAAGACAAGAUGUUGUCUGCACGAUUCUCCCGGUCGGCAUGUCUAAGAAGAGAAACGUUUGUCUAGAGUCAAUAGAAAUCCCAUCUCUGCAUCUCUUGCUCGCCAACCUCAAACAUGCCACUUCCUCUGAGCACCAAGGCCCAACCAGUAUCACAAAGACCAUCACCAUCCAUGUGCCCACACCCGCCUUCUCCAAUUCCAGAGAAACAAGUACACCAGAGAAUGAAUGCGAACAUUGUCGUGACGCAGAGUGGAAAUUCAGAAACGAGCAAUGUAUUGCUGGCCAGCACUCUCAAAAGUUCUAUGGGGCCCAAUACAACAGAUUUGAUUCAAUGGAAAACUAUUACUAA